CCCCCCAAGCAUGCCGCCAUUCCACCCUCGGUGCUACUCGCGGACCGGACAUGCGAAGCUGUGGAUAUCAUUACAAAAAGUGAUCUGAGCGCUGUUAGCAGUGCUCAAACUGUAAUUUCGCAGAACUUUCAGAACGGAUUGCCACAACCUUCAGCACAAAGACCACAAUUACGCAGCGCUAGACGAGCCAGCAUUGCAACUCCACAACCCGUCAUCCCAGCCGAAGCUGGUAGGGUGCGGGAGGGUGACCCGGCAACAGAUGUCAUUGAAUGGAUAGACUAG